UCACAGAGGAAGUCUAAUGGCUGAGAAAAAAAAUCUGCUUUGAAGGCUAUUAGAAUAUUUUUCAGCAGAAAGAAAAUGAAAAUAACUGUAGUAUUACUCUUUACCAUUUCUCUAGUUAUUUCAGUUAAAAUAGAUGGAAACUACUCUUCCUUUGAACUAUCCCCUCCGGAGUCAAAGUUAAGGUUUGCAAUGUUAGAUGAUGUUCGGUUACUAGCCAACGGAUUACUCCAGCUUGGGCAUGGCCUGAAAGACUUUGCUGUCAAGACCAAGAAGCAAAUGGAUGAUAUCUUUCAGAAGCUGAACAUUUUUGACCAAUCUUUUUAUGAACUCCUGCAACAAACAAAUGAAAUUAAGGAAGAAGAGAAGCAACUCCGAAAAACAACUUCUAGAUUGCAAGCCAACAAUGAAGAAAUAAAGAAUCUCUCUCUGGAGUUGAAUUCCAAGAUCAAAGUCCUUUCACAAGAGAGGAUCCAACUUCAAACUAAAGUAGGGGGGCUGGAAGAGAAACUUACUAAACUGUUUAAGAUUCAGUCUGAAAUUAAGCAACAUGAAGAAAUUGUACCACUUCAAAACUUUGGAGAGAAGCAGGACGACAGCCUCAGAUACCUCUUCAAAGUUGUUCAAGCCCAGUGUGCUCAACUUGACAAACAGCAACAGCAAAUACAAGCACUGGAAGAGAAGCUAAACAACACAGGCUUUCAAGAUGAUUUACAGAUUUCAUUUCCUCUGAAGACCGAUGAAGCAAUGAAUACCCAAGCUAAUGCAACAACUACAACUCAGGAAUAUAAAGGCAAUGCUACUGACUGCACUUGGAUUUACAACAGAGGUGAACGAUCCAAUGGCAUUUAUUCUAUUAAGCCAAACAGAUCCAAGGCAUUUAAAGUAUAUUGUGAAAUGAAAACAGGAAGUCCAUGGACAGUCAUUCAAAAUAGAGUUGAUGGAUCAUUAGAUUUCAACCAAACCUGGGAAAGUUAUAUUGAUGGUUUUGGCAACCUUGAUGGGGAAUUUUGGUUGGGCCUACAUAAGAUCCACUCUAUUGUAGACCAAGCUGACUACAUCUUGCGUGUUGAGUUGGAGGACUGGAAAGCUAACAAACGUUAUAUUGAGUACUCAUUGGUAAUGGGAGGUCCAGAAACAGACUAUGCUGUCCAUGUUGCAAAGAUUACUGGGAAUAUUCUCAAUGCCCUGCCUGAACAGAAGAAAGUUAAAUUCUCUACAAAAGAUCAUGGGAACAACACUGAAGGGAAAGCUAUCUGUCCAGAGAUUUAUUCAGGUGGUUGGUGGCACAAUGAAUGUGAAGAAACAAACUUGAAUGGAAUAUAUAUCAAGCCAAGUUCAAAAGGCAAACUGGAAAGGGGGAGGAGAGGGCUUUAUUGGAAGCCUCACAAAGGAAGAUCUCAUCUUCUUAAAGCAACCAAACUGAUGUUACAUCCUACCGAGUUUGAAAAUUUUGAGUAAACAACUUGACUGAGAUUUUACUCAAUAAAACACAAACAACUUCAUUCCAA